CCAACCUGGUCCUGGUUCUUCUUGCAAUUUUCUUGUGUUUUCAUUAUUUUUACAUUCAAUUGUAAUUUUUAUUACAAAGAAUUCUGUCUCGUCAGCCGUAUGGCAGUUUUGUGCUUAAUCCGAUAAAUUUCCCAGACUAUAGAAGUGUUUAUUUACUCAAUUAAAAAAAUAACUAUGGAAAAAUGCAGCUAAUAAACAAUUAAAAAAGUGCGUUCGCCAAGCCCCAAGAGUCUUAGUCUCAGACUCAGUGUUGAUCAAUUGCAGUGUUCUGUGGCCCUCCGUCUCCCCCUUUAAUUAAAUCCCCCGCAAAACAAGGCUACAAAAUCAUCGAAUCAAGUGCAAGUGCUAGUGCUGCAGAAAGUUAAAGAUUUUUAAAGCUUAAAUCAAAAGCAAGACCAAAAGAGCAAAAGCAACAGAAGUUCAAUCAUCAAUUAUGCCCCUAAAAGUGCUCCUUUCGACGAAGAAGAAGACACCCCGCAGAGUUUACUUUGGGAAACAUGAAAACAUUAAAUAUUGAUUCGAUUGUAAAAAUGUUCAAUUGUUUGGAUUUCCAUCAUAAGCUGUUUCUUAACAACCAGUGCCAAUUUUACAUAUUUACUUAAUUUUUAAACCAAAUUUGCUGCCUCUCUAAAUUGUUAAAUUAGUUAGUUCUUUUUAAAGCAAUAUUUUGGGCCAAUAAACCUGCAAACCUCAACACAACACAAAACAACUCAUCCGUCUUUCCCAACUCAUCAUUCACGUCGUCAUAUCGAGGCAACUUAAUGAUCUCACAUCUUCUCUCUUACUUACCUCGGUAAUUGAAAAAUCAAAGGCAGCAAAAUCUCAUCUCACUUUAAAUCAUACAAAAUCGUUAUGUUGAUAAAACGCAAAGUAAUUCAAUUCAUUAAAACACAAUCUAAAAUUUGUAUUUGCUCAUUUUUCAUGGAAUAUAGUUUCGAAUACUUCGAACUUUUGGUUUAAACAAAACAAAAUACUUAGAAAAUAAUUAACCAAAUAAAAAGAAACAAAAACAAACUGCUCGAUUACCAACAAUAGACAACUAGAACAAAAUAAAUCAUUAAACAGAAAGUUAGUUUCUGUUUAUUUAUUUCUUGACAACAAUUUAUUACAUUGGCUUAAUAUUAUGGGUAAUUGCCUACAAUGUUUCCAAUCAUCUGAUCAUUCGGGCUCGGCGAUAGUAACACAGUCUGCACAUUGCCAAAUGACAAAUAUCGACAGCUGUGGACGGGCCGCGGGAAGUGCAAUCGAUCGCAGUACAUACAGUGAUCGUCCAGGAGAAACAGAUGAAUUGCUGUCUCCUAGUCCUUUAAUGGCCAACAACAGUGAUACUAAGCGUAGUAGUUUUAAGAAAUCGAUAGUUUUAUUAAACGGAAAUGCCAAUAACAUAGGUGAUAUUAUAACAACAGUUCUUCCCCUUGCAGUAAAAGAAUCGCAUGAAGUCUCAGACAACACGCUUAAUUUAUUAUUCGAAGAGUACAAAGACCCCUACGAAGAUGCGAUCCUUUCAGAUGGCAUUGAGCGUCUCUGUCGAGAUUUAUGCUAUCAGCCAGAUGAAUUUCCAAUAUUAGUUCUGGCCUGGUGUUUAGAUGCAUCGCAAAUGUGUCGUUUUACAAAAAUGGAAUUCAUCGAAGGAUUACAUAAAAUGUCAGCCGAUACAAUCGAUACAAUUCGCUUAAGACUGGAACAAACAAUUGAGUUGAUGAAAACCGAUUCGGAGAUGUUUAAACAACUUUAUCGUUUUACAUUUAGAUUUGGCUUAGAACCAGAUCAUCGUAUUCUAUCUCUAGACAUGGCAAUCAUAUUAUGGCGUUUAGUCUUUACACUGCACAAGCCCGAGUUGCUCGAUCGCUGGUUGUUUUUUCUGGAACAACAUCCCAACAUCCGAGGCAUACCCAAAGAUACAUGGAAUAUGUUCCUUAAUUUCUCCGAACAAUGUGAUAUUAACAACUACGACGACACAGAAGCAUGGCCUAGUUUGUUUGAUGAUUUCGUUGAUUAUGAAAAAUCACGACUGAAUGCAGCUUCUUCCGAUCAAAGCAAUAAACCCGAGGACGACGACAAUGCCAACAAUAAUAAUGAUUUGAGCCAUCAUCGCAAUCGUAAGACAUCCAUUGAUGUUUCAUAGUACUAGUUCUAGAGCUAGCCUUCAACUGAUACUAAUGAUGAUUCUCAGUGCCGCCAUUUCUAACACAUAAGUUCAAUCCCGUAUUAAUUUUAUUUUUUUUAUUAACAAUUUAAGCUCUACAAUCAAAGUCGAUAUAGAAUAGUGCAUAUUUUAAAUUUGUCGCCGUGCGUUUUUCUUUUCUUUGCGAUCGUACUUAGAAGAGA